AUGGACUAUAAUAACUACGGAGACGGAGGCUUUUCGCAUGACGCAGGAUACUCUGAGGGAGCAGAUGGCGCUUCGCAACGCCAGCAAACAAGAUCUUCCUUGACUCCUGUCACAAUUAGACAGAUCAAUGAGGCGUCCCAAAAUGUUCCAGAUGGAGAGUUCUCCAUCAACAAUGUUUCAUUAAACAUGGUUUCAUUCGUUGGUAUUCUCAGAAAGGUUGAGAAUCAAACUAGUGCGGUUGUUGUCACUAUAGAAGACGGGACUGGGUCUGUUGAGGUCAAAAGGUGGAUUGAUGAGAAGAUGGCCUCUGCUGCAGAAGAGACUGAGGCGUUGCUAGCAUUGGAAGGCAAUUAUGUUUACGUUACUGGUUCAUUGAAAGAAUUUAAUCAGAAGAAGGCCAUUCAACAGGCCAAAAUUGUUGCUAUCACUGACCACAAUGAAGUUAUUUACCACAUGCUAUACGCGAUUUCAAAUCACCUAGAAGCCCAGGGUUUACUCAAAGUUGGCUCCAUUAAGUCUGAGGGCAAUGGGCUUUUCGUGGGUGGCGAAUCUGGUGGCUCCGGUGGUCCUGGCUUGGAUUUGCAAGAUAAAAUCAUGGGAAUCAUUACUUCAAAUUCUCUGGCUAUGCCCGAAGGUGUUCCUGUAGCUUGGAUUAGUAGUUCUUUGGGAGCAUCUGUUGAGUCAAUUCAAGAAAAGUGUCAGUACUUGGCAGAACAGGGCAAAAUUUAUCAAGGCUACGAUGAAGGUGCAUACUUAUGUAUUUGA